AUGUUUGCAUGUUUCAUUGCUUACUUCAUCAGAACCUUUUUGUCUCCAAAUAUCCAAUACCUUCGCUUAAUGAUCCUUGGGACGGACCCGAACGGAACUACUGUUUACUCUGCAAUGCAGAUUCCACAUAUUUGCAGGGGCACUGGUACUGUGCAGUUUAACCGACUUCGGGAUAAAAUCGCGAACCGCAUGGUUCUUCCGGUGGCUCCUAUUCUGAAUCGCGAUAUCCGAGAUAUGAAUACUGCCAUGCCUCUAGAAAUUCUUCUCUCUAUCGCGCUGGGCACUAUUGAUUGUCAUAAAGCACUUGUGUCACUCCCUCUGGUGUCCAAACGGACUUACAUCACAUCGAUUGGAAACCUGUACAACAGUGUCAAUGAAAAAGCUCUAGCCACUCUUGCGCAACCAUCGUCUGCAUCUCAGGAAAUCAUUGGUGGUUGGCAUCCCGCAUACUACGUUGAGCAUAUCAACAUCUCCGAUAACAUCUCCAAUGACACUUUCUUAACGUACUUCCUUGACGUGUUCAAUAACAUCUCGCGUUAUGCUAAUAGAAAAAGGACAUUCACAUUUCACCCUUUUUAUCUCUUUGACCUUAACCCUGUCUCCACCGCUGCGAAAUUGGAAUACAACAAAUUUGAGUCUGUGUCACUCCAGUGCUCCAGGCCUCCUGUGUUUGGUGAUGAUCUGUUCUCAGCACUGAUGACCGCAUUAACCAGCGAAAGACUGAAGCACUUAAUGCUGGAUUUUCAUAUGGUGUCCGUUGCUGUGAAUUUCUCAGCUGCAGUGAAAGCAUUGACACGCAUUCAGUUGUGCAGUUCAUCCCUCAAAACCCUUCACCUUACCUUUGACGCACUUCAUCAGGGUUCAUCAUCGUCGAUAAAGGCUCUUUUCAAUCCGCCAUCAUUUAUAUUCCCACUGUUGGAAGAUCUUCAUGUGUCGGACUAUCAUGGUGAUCUCGAUAUAUCUUCGUUCCUUGUCCGACACCCCAUCAUCAAGAAACUAAGUUACGUUCCAGGUUGGAGGGUAGAUUUGUCUUCAUUCCUGAGUGACCCCCACGUUCUACCCCAAUUGGAGUGUUUAUCUGGUUGCGGUUUUGUUAUUAUGGCUGUCGCUUCACAUCCUAGCUGGCCCCUUGUGUCAAUCGGUAUCACUGAUUGGAACCCUAAUCCCAGAAAUAUUUCUGCAUUGAACGAAGGACUUUUACAAAUGCCAACCUGCCGCGAGUUCUCUUUGCUUCUCGAUGACUGGAUCAUGAUACCAGAACUCAGACAGUUCCAAUUCGUCUUUAAAGAACUUUGUCUUUUCGAAUGCAAUCUUCUCUCAAACGCCGUCAUUCCCGUUAAAACAGUGAUUGAAUCAUUCUAUGAUUUCUAUUGGAACAUUUACAUCGCAUGGAGGGGUCACUCAAUCACAACAGUCCUUCACAUAAAAAUUUUGUGCAGCAGAGCACAACAGGUACUUCUAGAAUUGGACAUUCCUGUCUCGUCUACUCGCACUGCCAGUCCAAACACAAUCCUGUAG